UUUUUUUUUUUUUGGUUCUUUUUUUUUUUUUUUUCCGGAGCUGGGGACCGAACCCAGGGCCUUGCGCUUCCUAGGUAAGCGCUCUACCACUGAGCUGAAUCCCCAGCCCCUACAGGAGCCAUUCUUAUUCAAACCACCAGUGUUUGGUGGCUCUCUAGUGCAAAGCAGAGGUCAAAGCAGGCCAGGCAGAGCAUGGCGGUAAAACCUUAUUGGAGACACUACUGGAAACUUCACAGGUUUUUAUAGCCUCACAUUCAACAAAUCAAUAACCCAAGCUGUGGCCAAAUGCUUCUAUACAUUGAUAGCAUGCACUAUUCACAUUAGGCAAAUAACCUGAGGGCUAGCUCAGAGGGCAGUAAGAAGAGAGACUGCACAGAGGACAGCACGCUCAGACUCCCAUACAGAGGCCGGCAUUAAAAAGCUAUCUGCUGGGGGAUGAGGUCAAAACACAUGGUGUAUGUGCAAAAGAAAAACCCCAAAUCAAUAACUGAGGGAAGCUGGGCAGAGUUCGGCCUGUAAAUCUCAUUAUGCUAAAUAUUUAAAAAGAAAUGUCGACCUAUCAAAAAUCUGAUUUCAAAGACUCUAUGAAGACAAGAUAGAAUCUCUGACCACAUUACUCAAGAGCUUUUGUCAUUGUGACCUCCAGCCUCUCAGGAACCUCAAAGUGGCCACGUCGUAUCAGAGAUCCCAGCUAGAAUGACCCAGCAAAGCAGGCUCGGCCUUCCCACAGAAGAUAAAAACAUUAGUGGGCAGGCAGUUGAUGAGUUCCUAUCGUGUGGAAGAAACAUAGAAACCAACAGGGUACAACUCUGAAUUAAAGGUCGAAGAGAAUGUACCCCUAGAUUUUUAUUUCUUCAUUCGUUUCAUAUUUAAUUUUUAAUUUUUAAUUGUUUAAUUAUGUAUGUGUGUCAAAGAGUCCCGGAAGUGGGUGUUGGGUCCCCUGGAGUUGGGAACCACCUGACAUGGGGGCUAAGAACUGAACUCAGGUCCUCCUCGAGAGCAGUCGGCACUCCUAACUGCUGAGCCCUCUGUCCUGUCCAUCUGUCUGUUUUUGAGACAGGGUCUCACCCAGCCCAGGCUGACUUCGAACUCACAGUCCUUCAGUCCCAGACUCUGCACACCAGGAUUACAGGUAUACGAAUGCAGUAGAUACUCAUAACAGACCCCAGCCGAACAGAAGCUCUCCAGGUUCUCAGCGGUUAAGUGAAGAAGCCCUCGCAGUCCACCCCUUACUUAAACUUUCUUUCAUGCACCCCAUGGGAAAGCACCAGGUACUUCCAACCUAAAGAUGGAGCUAUUACCCGAGGCUGCUGGUAGCCAUUGUACGUGUGAGCUUAACUUCUUAGCGCUUCCCUUUUCCUAUAGUUUUGGAACAUUCUACAAGGACGCGUUAUUUUUAGAAUGAGAGGAAAAGAAAAUCUCCCGUUCAAACAUCACCAAAAAUGAAAGUCAGAGCCAUUUCCUUCAGAUUAGCCAGGGCUGAGAGCGGAUGAGGGUCUUGUAACCUCCAGCUAACCUCCAGCAGGCAGCCUUUUUAUUAUUGUUGUUGUUACGCUGUGGGGUGUGUGUGUGUGUGUGUGUGUGUGUGUGUGUGUGUGUGUGUUCUAUGCCACGGCACACACAUGGAGGUCAACAGGUCCAUUCCUUCCACCCUGUGAGUUCUUGAAGAUCAAACACAGGCUUAGUGGCGAGUGCCUUCUCCCUCUGAGCCAUUUUGCCAGCCACAGAACAGAUCUUUAGGACUGCUUUACAGAUUUAAUUUCUGCAUGUUUCAUCUAAGUCAGCUUCCACUGCCUUGGUGUGUGGAAAACAACUGAGCUGCGCCCAUACAGUGAGGCACCACAAGGCCAAAAGAAAAAAGUAAACACACGUAAGCUUCAACCUGGCAGGUUUUCUAAGGCAGAGGCAGUAUUGUCAUCUUCUCGAGCCUGGUCACGGAUUUGGAAGCUUAGAGAGGCUAAGUUUGCAGGGCUCUGUGGGGCUUAAACAUCAGACCCAGGACUCAGCUGUGUCUCUAAAACCUUCCCCUUUAGCUGAGUUCGCUUUUCCCUGUAAAACAACCACUCAUCUGAGGCUGUGAUCUGUAUUCCUUUGGGUUGUAUGAACCCUGGUGUUUCUGCUGGCCAUAGGCUCUUGACUUUUGGGGUAGCUAGACCUCUUAUCCCCAGCCAUGGUGGUUCUGCCCGCUCUAAAACCCCUAGAAAACCAGUCAUCUGUUUCUUAAUAAGUUACAUAGACACGAGCCAUGUGACCCAGCAACUCUUUUCCACACAAAAAUGUUCCACACAAAAGUGGCAGAUAAAUGUCCAUAUAAAAAUUCGGACGCCACGUUUUUGGAAGCAUUGGUCAUCAAUCCAAAGUGGCGAAGAGCCACACAUUCAGCUUUUGGUGAGUGGAAAUUGACGUGGUAUAUCCAUACAAUGGAGCACUAUAAGGUAGAAACAAAGGAGCAAAUGUUCACAGUACAACCUGGCCAAGCUCAAAACUAUUCUACUGAAAGAGGGAAGGAAGCCAAUCAUAGAAGCUCAUACACUGAUCAUUCGUGGUUGUCUGGGACUGGGAGUGGGACCUAGGGAUGAUUCCACAGGAGCAAGAAGUGAUGAAGUUCUAAGAUUAGCUGGGUGCAGAGCUCUGGGGUGUUGUGGAAAACCCCGGAACGGUUAAAAAACGGGCAGCGUGUCUUAUGAUAUGCAAAUGAGACCCCAAGUUACUUUUCCAAAAUAGAGUUUGACUACCCAAGCUUCGGAGAGCCGCUGUGAGGAUCAGGAGAGGUGGCCUAUGAGAAGCAGCCGGCCUGGUGCACAGCACCUGAUAAAUAGUCAUGAAGGUGAGAGUCAGAAUGUAUAAUGAGGAGAGCUUGCGCAAACGUGGAAGAGUAGAUACCACAGAAAGAACAGCCUCUGCCGCUUCCCCACCUCUUACCACACCUCCUCAGCAUUUUCCAGCUCAAGUCAUCCCUCAACUUAAUGUGGCAGGUGCGUUAUUAACAAGCCCAUGUGGAGAAACUGAGACCUGGAGAAGUUGGGUUGCCGUCCCCGAAACUCGGUAGAGCUGAGAGCUCGAUUUAGAAGGAGGAACUGCACUCUAAUUCCCUGGCUCUCUCCCCUGCCUCCAUGAGACACAGCUAGAUACCGGGCUUCUAUGGUAGUGAUGGCUUGGGUGUCCAGAGGCCCGUGGAUAGCUCUCCUUCUGGACUUAAGUGUUAGGGAGGUUAGUCCAAGAAAGUGUAUCAGGAGGGAACCACACACCUAGAGGUGUAGAGGAGGUGAAAGAACUCAGGGAACAUGAGGGGAGCCUGGAGGAGGAGUGGAAAAUACUGGGAAUGGUAAGGAUGGGGCUCAAGUGGGUCCAAGGUCAGGGACGUUAGCCAAAGAAGGACUCCUUUUCCAGGGGAACAACUCACACACCACCCACUGCAGGUGGGAAGGUUGACUCAGGAUGCUAUGAGCUCAAGGGGAUGGGGAGCUGCCACCCCGGGCUCCCACACUGCUGUGAACAUACGCCAGCUCAGCCAGUCAGGCACACGGGGCUCUGUCAGGCUGCCAGGAAGCUAAGCUGAGCUCAGAGAGUCCAACAAGAGCUGACUGAUGGCAGCCUCAAACACAUCCACCUGUGCACCCCAGGGUCCCCGUCCCACAACCCCCUACCGCGUCUCACACACCACGACUAUCUUCUCUGGUUCGGAUUUAAUGACUUGGAUCCAGCGCUCAACCCUGUUUCCACAUUCAUCUAAGAUAAAUACUUCAGACUCCUUCUCCAAAGUUCACUGGGCACAGACAAGACUACUAGGGACAUUUUAAGGAUUCUGGUGAAGCCAGGUGCAAAACGUUACACAGUGAACGGUUCAGGUCAGCUGUGCCGGGUGCUUCUGGCAAACAUAAUCGCAAGACCUCGUAUAGGGGGAGGGGUGAAAACUAGAGUCACGUGACAGGGAUUCCAGGAUGUCAUUACUUGCAUAAACGCUUACGCAGAUAAGAAGAUCUGUGGGCCUGGUAGUCUACAGACAAAGGAGAAAAACUACCAUAAGGAAACAGUGGGGAAAGAAAAAGAGGAGGGGACCUAUUGCUCUGCACACCUCUGUAUUGUUUAAUGCUAAUAAGAACUCGUUUGUGCCCUUUCCGCUCGGCCGUUCUCCUGUACAGGAGGCAACCAUGGCGCCCAGCCGGAAUGGCAUGAUCCUGAAGCCCCACUUCCACAAAGACUGGCAGCAGCGAGUGGACACGUGGUUCAACCAGCGGGCAAGCAAAAUCCGCAGACGCAAGGCCCAGCAGGCGAAAGCUCGCCGCAUCGCCCCUCGCCCCGCGUCGGGUCCCAUCAGGCCCAUCGUGAGGUGUCCUACAGUUAGAUACCACACCAAGGUCCGGGCUGGCAGGGGCUUCAGCCUGGAGGAACUCAGGGUGGCUGGUAUCCACAAGAAAAUGGCACACACCAUCGGCAUCUCUGUGGACCCAAGGCGAAACAAAUCCACUGAGUCACUGCAGGCCAACGUGCAGCGCCUGAAGGAGUUCCGCUCCAAGCUCAUACUUUUCCCCAGGAAGCCUUCUGCUCCGAAGAAGGGAGGCAGUUCUGCUGAGGAACUUAAAUUGGCCACGCAGCUAACAGGACCUGUGAUGCCCAUCCGGAAUGUGUACAAAAAGGAAAAGGCCAGAGCCAUCACGGAAGAGGAGAAGAACUUUAAGGCUUCCGCCAGCCUUCGCAUGACCCGAGCCAAAGCCUGGCUCUUUGGCAUCCGAGCAAAGAGGGCGAAAGAAGCCGCAGAGCAAGACGUUGAGAAGAAAAAGUAAUGUGCGGUUGGAGAGUUGUAAUAAAUUUUCCAUAAAGCAAAAAAAAAAAAAAAAAAAAAAAGAACUCGCUUGUAUGAAUUUGAUGAUUUGAUGUGUCUUUUUAAGCAUCAAAGUCUUUCGGCCUGAAGAACCAUUUAAAUGAUCGCUGUUCUGAUACAGGGUUCAGAGAAACUUUCAAAGGUCAAGGAUGUUUGGUUGCUGGUUCUGUUGAGACAGGGUCACAUGUAGCCUGGGCUGGGGCCUUGAACUCAGUAUGUAGCUGAGGAUGACAUAGACUUUCUGAGCUUCCUGCCUCCAGAACUGCGAUCAUGGGCGGGCAGGCAACACUACUACGGGUCCUGCGGAUCAAACACGAGGCCUCACACUGGCGAGGCAAGCCCUCCGCCCGCUGAAUGGCAAACAUCUCGAACUAUUUCUAAUUCCUGCCACACUUUCUUGAAGCCAAGCCUUCCGUGCUCCGUGACACAGAUUUUAAAAAUUGAAACCGGACAGGCAAAACAAAUUGUUCAAGGUCAUAGGCUAGGAAUGGGGCGGAGUGGUGUCCUUGAACUCCAAACCGUGCCUCUUCGAAGCAGGGCACUUGAUUGUCAACGAAGAAUGAUAUUCGGGUAGUGGGCUGGAAGAUGUUACCUCCUGGCUGGCUGUUCCCAAGGCCCCUGCAGAGGCCCCUCGGAGGGGAAAUGGGGCUUUCCAGAGAAGUGAAUAACUGACAAAUUGGGAGAGAGGAGUCGGUGAACUGCCACCCCUACCAAAAAUUAGACCUCGUCAUGAGGAAGCCACCCCCUGAGUGGGAUGAGGGCGCCACGUCACCCAGCAAACCAAAUCACAUGUGAGAAGGAGCCUCAGGGCCGCAACCGCAGCCUGAGCCAUCCUGCCUCUCAGGAGGCUCACCCCAGCUCUCACCUGAGCAGUUCAAAUCCCAGUGGUCAGGACCCUGUCCUGCUCAUGUCCUAGAGGCGUGAAACUCUGAAACGCACAGGAUGAUAUCCUAAGGACAGGACCCCAGGUCAACAUAUGCUCGCUCUGUUCCCUGGGUAUAGGCUGCAGACAGUGUGGGUGUAAUUCCUAGCCUAUCUUCUCUUUACAACCCACCCCGCAAGGUCCUGUGUGUCAGUUUCUAUGUGGGACAUCAUGGAGGCACCCGAAAUGUUUCCAAUUCCCAUGGCUAGGGAGGCCCAGCCUUCAGCUCUUCCACUGA